GGGGGCAGUGUGGUGUUUUUAAUAUUAGCCUGUUAGCUUCAAACGGCAUUAUUCGUCUAGACAUACUUGGUAGCAUUGCAUUUGUCUGGGUUUUGCGUUUUUAUUUGCCUUUCCUUUCACCACCGUUCACCUUUGUUGGCCUUAAACCACAACUGGAGCUUAAAGAUGAUGUCGGACACGCAGCUACUGAGACAGAUGGUGAAUGAGCGACUGGCGGCGGCUGCAGAGGAAAUAUUUGGACUGGUUGAAAAAACUAUAGCAGAGUAUCAGGACGAAGUUUUUCGCUGUAGAAGUGAAGUCAUUGCACUGAAAAGGCAGAUGGAGCAACUGAGCGUCUUGAAGCCUGAAGUCCAACUGUUGAAAACAGAUGUCCAGGAGUGUGCUUUGGAUCUGCCUGAUCAGAAUCCUACUUUGGAGAGCAGUGACACACCUGACCAUGAGCAGGUCGAAGAGGAGCAGUCGGACCUCUGCUCGAGCUCAGAUCCAGAGGAGCCUGAUGGUUAUGAGGAUUAUCAGGUCCCAUUAAGUGACUCAGAGCUAACCUGUCCAACCAUGUCAUUUAAAGAUGAAGAGAAGUGGAAUGAGAUCGACAACUCAGUUUCCCCCUCCUGUGAUCCCAUCUACAGUGAUAUUCCCUUCACUGCCAAGACGCCAGUUCAGACAGACCAAAUGAAAAAGAGUCCAAUUGAGAAAAACCAAAACAAGCCAUGCCGCUUAUGCCAUCUUUGUUGUCAAUCACAUGGUGAACUGAAGAAGCACAUGAGAAAAAAUCAUAAGGGAGAGAAGGCAUAUAAAUGCACUUAUUGUGGCAAAGUGUUUGAUCAAGAGUGCCACCUGGCUGUUCAUGUGAGAAUUCACACAGGUGAAAAGCCAUAUAGUUGUGAUUUCUGUGGCAAAACAUUUGCUCAGAAUUCAAACCGUAUUGUCCACCUGAGACAGCACACUGGAGAGAGACCUUACUUUUGUAUUAAAUGUGACAAAAGUGUUUCUAGCCGUAAUCAUCUUAGAUGGUGCGGAGGGAAACGAAAGAAAGCUUUUCGCUGUAUGACUUGUGGCAAAACUUUUAGCACAGAUUUAGACCUGAGGGUGCACAAGGAGGUACACAAGUCAUGGAAACGGCAUCUCGAAGAAAACCAACAUAAAGCUGUCUGAAACAAUGUGAGAACCCUAUGUGAUACCAAAAGUUUGCUGUAUGGAGUUAAUUUAGUUUUAAUAAAGGAGAGAUUUAUCUUAUUUGUGGUUUUUAAUUAUUGUAUAAAACCAAGGAAGGCAACAAAGUUAAAGAAUUACACAUAUAUAUACACACAUAUACAUAUAUAUGUGUGUGUGUAUACAUACACACACACACACACACACACACACACACACACAUUAGUAUUAGUGUGGCCGUUAGUGUCUUCCACAUUUUUACAAUGUCAGGUUCGUUGAAUAUAUGGCCCAAUAAGUCUGGGGUCACUGUCAAAAUUGAUUGUAAAAGAAUCUUCAAACUAGGGCUGAUAAUAGAAUGACAGUGAUAGUCAUUGUGAUACUGUGAUAUUAUGAUCUUAAAUAUAUAUAAAACAAAUGUUUUAUUUUUCUGUGAUUACAUUUUACCCAGAAGGCUAAUCUUUAACAUGCACGUUUCAGACCAGUAGACAGUGGCAACAUGUUAUUGUGUCAUCUAGUUUGAUUCUUACAGAAGUGCAUUGUAUUGUUUACAGGAACAGGGGCUGACUGGCUUUUUCUACCUCAGAUUACAGAAAUGUUCUUCUGUUUGUCAUGUUCUGCCAAUAAAGAGCAGUUUUGUAUCUUUAA